AUGGCAUCACGCUCUCCAUCGUCUUCCCCUGAUUCUGCCACAGGCUCAGGUACCGACCCAGCUCGGCCUGAUACAGGAGAUCCUCUCGGCGGAGGAUCGGACUCCGACUCAGAUCUAGGACUAGGGAAAUUCGACUGCGGUGCAGGUGACCCUGGUCAUCGACUGGAAGGGGAGGAAUUGGAACACGAAUUUGAGGCAGCAGCAGACCGUCUUCGAGAUCUACUUCAGACGGCCAGUAGGGAACAACUGUUGUACCUGUAUGCUAGGUAUAAACAGGUGACUAUCAGAUAGCAGCACAUCCCAAUGGUCCCAUUAGUUAUUUAGAUACUUUUGGUGAUAUAGUGUAUGUCGACACCCCUUCAAAUUAGUGGAUUCGGCUAUUUCAGCCACACACGUUGCUGACAGUUGUAUAAAAUCGAUCACACAGCCAUGCGAUCUCCAUAGACAAACAUUUGCAGUAGAAUGGCCUUACUGAAGAACUCAGUGACUUUCAAUGUGGCACCGUCAUAGGAUGCCACCUUUCCAACAAUUCAGUUUGUCAAAUUUCUGCCCUGCUAGAGCUGCCCUGGUCAACUGUAAGUGUUGUUAUUGUGAAGUGGAAACGUCUAGGAGCAACAACGUCUCAGCCGCAAAGUGGUAGGCCACACAAGCUCACAGAACUGGAGCCCGGAGGGCUGAAGCGCUUAAAAAAUGUCUGUCCUCAGUUGCAACACUCACUACCGAGUUCCAAACUUCCUCUGGAAGCAACGUCAGCACAAUAACUGUUUGUCGAGAGCUUCAUGAAAUACGUUUCCAUGGCCGAGCAGCCGCACACAAGCCUAAGAUCACUAUGCGCAAUGCCAAGCGUCAGCUGGAGUGGUGUAAAGCUCGCCGCCAUUGGACUCUGUGGAAACGCGUUCUCUGGAGUGAUGAAUCACGCUUCACCAUCUGGCAGUCCGACGGACAAAUCUGAGUUUGGCGGAUACCAGGAGAACGCUACCUGCCUCAAUGCAUAGUGCUAACUGUAAAGUUUGGUGGAGGAGGAAUAAUGGUCUGGGGCUGUUUCUCAUAGUUCGGGCUUGGCCCCUUAGUUCCAGUGAAGGGAAAUCUUAACGCUACAGCAUACAAUUACAUUCUAGAUGAUUCUGUGCUUCCAACUUUGUGGCAACAGUUUGGGGAAGGCCCUUUCCUGUUUCAGCAUGACAAUGCCCCCGUGCACAAAGCGAGGUCAAUUCAGAAAUGGUAUGUCGAGAUCAGUGUGGAAGAACUUGACUGGCCUGCACAGAGCCCUAACCUCAACCCUAUGGAACACCUUUGGGAUGAAUUGGAACACCGACUGCGAGCCAGGCCUAAUCGCCCAACAUCAGUGCCCAACCUCACAAAUGUUAUUGUGGCUGAAUGGAAGUCCCCGCAGCAAUGUUCCAACAUCUAGUGGAAAGCCUUCCCAUAAGAGUGGAGGCUGUUAUAGCAGCAAAGGGGGGACCAACUCCAUAUUUAAUGCCUAUGAUUUUGGAAUGAGAUGUUUGAAGAGCAGGUGUCCACAUACUUUUGGUAAUGUAGUGUAGCUAGCAAGUGACAUGGCAUAAAUAUUCAGGCUACAUUCAUGUCUGUUAUGUUCUCCAAACAUUGUUCAUCAUGCCUUUGUAUCCCUAAUAAUAUCAUUGUUACACUAUUUUGUUGACUUGUGACGGGGUGGGAGGUUCACCACAGGUAAGUACACAAAUUCCAAACAGGUGUAUGAUCAAUGUCCAUCUAUUGCUUGCCAUUGAAUUGAUAGUGAUGAUUCUGCUGAGAGCUGUCAAACAGAUGGUUAGGCUGUGCUAUUCAAUAUAUUCCUAAGUCACCUGUAUUUCAUAUGUUUACAGGUCAAGGUUGGAAAGUGCAAUACAGCAAAGCCUGGGUUUUUCGAUUUUGAAGGUCAAAGAAAAUGGUAUGUUUAUCAUUUCUUAAUCAUUGUGCUGAUAUAAUGUGUUUAUUUAAUUCCUGGCAUGAAUUUGCAUGGGGGAAUCAGACUAUGCCCUGGAGGCCUCCCUGGAGUAAGUUAUGAGUGGUCCUGUUUUGAGAUUUCAAUUUACAUUCAAUUUUUUCUUGUUCCAAAUUGAAACUCACCUACUGUAUGGUCCUGUCCUGUUCUCUUUAAUAGUUUUUGGAGGGAGAGAAAUUAUCUGCUGAAUGUUGUUAUUAUGUUUUGCUACAGGACAGCAUGGAAGCAGCUUGAGGACAUGAGCGCAGAACAGGCCAUGCAGGAGUAUGUUUCGUGCGUAACUUCACUAGACCCAGACAGCAGUCAGAAGGUAAAAAGCCCUCACAAAUCCAAUACUACACUACAUUUGAUCUCACAAAUUUACAUAAUACAAUUUCCACAUGCAGGAAACACUGCAAUGUGAGAACUGAAACAAAUGUUUAUUUAUAGAGUGCAAACCAUAAUAUGUGCCACUUCUGAAGAAUCCUGUCUCCUGAGCAUAGCCUAAAAUGUUUCUUCAGUAGCGAGGCACAUUUUUAUUUUUUAAAAUAAAGAUGAUGAUCCCGUGUGGCUCAGUUGGUAGAGCAUGGGGCUUGCAACGCCAGGGUUGUGGGUUCGAUUCCCACGUGGGAACAGUAUGAAAAAUGUAUGCACUCACUACUGUAAGUCGCUCUGGAUAAGAGUAUCUGCUAAAUGACUAAAACAGGGGUGUCAAACGUCCGGCCCGCGGGCCAGAUCAGGCCCGCAAACGGGUUUAAUCUGGCCCGCAAGAUGAUAAAAAUAAAAAAUAAAAAUAAAAACAUUUUUAAGUAUAAAAAUGCGCUGCAAUUUUUCAAUAAAAUAAACUGCUGUUCCAAUUGCGUCCCCUGGAUGGCGCAAUAGCAAUUAUGUUAAGCAAGCAAACUGUUUAUACCGGGGCAGAGCAAGUAGGUCAAGCACGUGCAGCCAAUGAGCUACUUUGUUUUGCCCGCGAUAUUUAUUACGGCUUCUACUUUUAACAUUAUGUGCUUUGGCACCCUCAUUGCCCCAAUAUGUCUCUGUCAAAAAAGAGAAAAGUGGACGCAGAGUGCAGAGUGUUCCAAGAAAAAUUGUCAUCCUAUUUAUUCAUGGUAUUGAAUGGGAAAGCUGUAUGUUUGGUGUGUUCAGAGCAUGUUGCAGUGCUGAAAGAAUAUAACCUUCGUCGCCACUAUGUGAGUCUUCAUGCCGACAAAUAUGACAACUUUCAAGGACAGCGGAGAUGAGAGAAGGUGAAUGAACUGUUGGCGGGUCUGAAGAAACAGCGGUCUUUGUUUACUCACAGCCGAGACAUCAGUGACGCUGCAGUGAAAGCUAGCUAUCUCAUUGCUAAUGAAAUCGCAGUGGCUUCAAAACCAUUUAGUGAGGGUGAAUUUGUAAAAACAUGCAUGAUGAAGGCAGCGGAGAUUGUGUGCCCUGAAAAGCGGCAGGCUUUUGCAAAUAUCAGCCUGACAAGAAACACAGUUGCAGACAGGAUUUCCGAUCUUUCAGUGGAUUUGGACAGCCAGUUGAAGCAAAAAGUAAAGUCAUUUAUUGCGUUUUCGGUUGCAAUUGAUGAAAGCACGGACAUUACAGAUGUUGCACAACUGGCCAUUUUCAUCCGCGGAGUUGAUGACACAUUGACCGUCACCAAGGAGUUCGUGGAGUUGGUGCCGAUGUCAGAUACAACGACAGCAGUUGAUAUUUUUACCGCACUCGUCGGCGCGCUGGACAGGGUCGGAGUGGACUGGUCCUGCGCUGUCAGCCUGGCUACAGAUGUUACAGAGCACCUGAAUAACUUGAACAAACAGCUGCAAGGGCGCAACAAAGUUGUCACGCAGUAUUAUGACAGCAUACGUUCUUUCAAGUUGAAGCUGUCAUUGUGGGAGACGCAACUUGCCGGUGGAGAUGCAGCUCACUUCCCCUGUCUGAAAAAUGUGUGCGCGACCCAACAUGUGGCAGACAUGAAGCGGUUCAAAGAUAAAAUAACGGGACUGUUACGGGAGUUUGAGCAACGCUUUCAGAUUUAUGUUUAUAUGUUUUUAUGUUGAUGUGCUAUUGUUUUUAAUUGAUUUUAUUUUAUUUGUAUAUUUAACCUAUUCUUGACUCUGGUUCUUGCACUUGUUUGGGGAACAGGAUUUCAUUAUUUUUAUCUACAUUUCUGCCUGAGAAAUGACACCCUGAUAUAGUUCUGUGAUCUGUGAAACAGUUCUGUUAAUCACUGAGGCAUUGUGUGUUUGUGUGUUCUUUUUCUUUAGAAUUUUCAAAUAAACUUGACGUGUUUUAUGAUUAAUAGUGAUGUUGUGCUUGUACUAUUUUGGACACACUGUCUUCAGGCUCCAGCUUUAUGUUGUAUGUUGAUCGUAUUAAAACAAAGAAAACAAUCUGAAGUUGUUGUUUUUAAGUUAUAUAUACCAUGAUUUUUCCGGUCCGGCCCACUUGGGAAUAGAUUUUCCUCCGUGUGGCCCCUGAGCUAAAAUGAGUUUGACACCCCUGGACUAAAAUGUAAAACAUUUCAAGAUAAUGAACUUUGACAGCUCCACCUGCACCUUAGAAUGCAGUAUGGUACAUUGACCAGCAGGGGGCACUGACUGACUAUGCAACUUGGCAGACAUACUGACUGACUAUGCAACUUGGCAAACAUACCAAGCAUUUGUCCAACAUUACCUGAGACUGUUUUAGCUUUGCAUGUCGUCAUCUUCUUUAAUGUUUACAGAUUACAAUGAAACCAACUCCAGGAAAUGAUUUUGUGAUUCUCUCUGUUUUCAUGUUCUAUGUAGGACUUUUUUUCUUGUGAGUUUGACAUUAUUUGUGAGAGGGUUUUUGAUCUAGCCUAAAUAAAAUAAGUGUUUACUGUGCUCAUAAAUUGUGUAUCUGGUGUGGUGUACCUGCCUGCCUGCAUCAGAGGGCUAGUGUUGUAAUGCAGACAUGGGCCUGCUAUCUCAGGGAGUAGGGCAAUGGAAUCAUUCACUCACUAAAUUCUACCCCAUUACAAUAACAGGCCUGCCAACUGGGACCAAGCACACUGUCACAGCUGACAAUGACACCCUGCCUGGAGUGAGACAAUGUGGAUGUGGAUGGGGAGGGGGGCUGCAAAGAGGCUGAAUGAAACACAACAUUUUGGGAUACAGUACUAUCAAUAGGCCAGUCCCUCAUUAUGUCAUUUCCAGCAUGGGUAUUGUAUGGUUUGAUAAAACGGAUGGAGAGAAAAAAUAAUAUUUUUGUUCUAUUCUGACCUCUAUGCAACAUGGCUGAGGAAAGUAGCAACAUGAGACAAACCCAUAUGCACUUUUCUUCCCGAAGGAAAAUUCAGCACAAAGAAAUGUCCCCUUCUCUAACCUCCGUCCCCAAAGGAGAGAUUUAGAGUGAUGUUUAGCGGUGUGACAUAAAAGCCUGUCAAAGGUCCUGUUUGAGUUAGUGUCUUCCACCCGCCUCUCUCUCCUUCCCCAUUCGUCCCCUCCACAAUGUGAGUGUCAGCAGGCAUCAGUGGCCUGCAGACCAGCCUGACACAUCCCUUUCUCUGGCGCUGCCAUCGGGGCCAAUACGUGCUGACAUGGCCCCUAGUGUGGCACAAUGCCAGGGGAAGGCAAAUGCACAAAUGCCCCUCUGAAAAGGAUGUGAUUGUAUUAGUGUUAACAAAGCACAGGGACUCUAUUCUUACCAAGUUCCAGACAAACAGAUUCAGGAGAGGCUGGAUGAGGAUGAAGGCAGCAGAGACAAUAGUCAGUUCUUGACCUCUCUCCUAUUUGUAUUGUUGGCUGCACUAUCUUUAAAUUAUAAAAGGAAGUGCAUCAGCGAAUAUUCUGAGUUUAGAAGGGAAUUGCACUCCUAAAAGUGCAUGUACCGUUAUUUUUCUUUUUUGCCCACGAUCCCCUCGGAAAUUAAAUCUAAUUAGUUUGUUGUCUUCUGUGAGUCAUUAUGGAAGAGAUAAUAGAACAUAGGUUAGACCUAGGACCUACAAAACGGUUGUAUCCAUGCAGACUAUGAUAGUUUGCCAUUACAGCAUGUAUUAGUGGGUCAGAAAAUGCUAAACAAAUAUAAUAGCUGAAAUAAUUUGGAGCAGUUCAAAUAUUCUACUCAAAACAGACUUUAUACAUGUUUUGCAGUCACCUCCAAACAUUGUGUAAGCGCAUCGUGACUAGGUAAACCUAUUGCUGUCUGUGAAUAGGGAAACUCAUUCUCCCAGUGGCUCUUUUGUUUUACAUUGUACGGCACAGUGUGCUUGUUUUAGGUGGGGAGAACAGUGUUCGCUGGAUAACUAGCUAGGAGAAUACUGAACUGUCCUUAGAGCACAAUAGUGUGGCACACACCACUACAGACUCACUGUUAUUACAAAAGGUGAGGGGAGCAUUAUGGUACCAGAAUCAUGCUUUUGAAUGAAUGUCAGGGUUUAAUGUUUUGCUUCUUGUUCCAGGAGAGAAGAGAGCGUAGGACAGGAUUUGGAGGCCCAACAGUCAGUUCCCUCUACCAAGAAGAAAUGAUCAGGUACGUCACACUGUCUGUAUGUCUGUCCUGUAUCAGAGACAAACUUCCUCUGCACUGAGCUCUGAGUGUCAGAAGUUCUUCUGCAGACUGUAAAACAGGGUUUCCCGAACUCGGUCCUCGGGACCCCAAGGGGUGCACAUUUUGGUUUUUGCCCGAGCACUACACAGCUGAUUCAAAUAACCAACUAAUCAUCAAGCUUUGAUCAUUUGAAUCAGCUGUGUAGUGUUAGGGCAAAAACCAAAUCAUGCACCUCUUAAGGUCCCGAGGACCGAGUUUGGGAAACGCUGCUGUAAACUGUUGUGGGAACAUGAGACAGUCCUGAUUUAUGUUAAUUAUAUUCACUCUCCUAACGGGAACCCUCAGAAGCUUGAUCAAGCAAAAACACCACCCUCGUUUCUGGGAAAAAAGGCUCUUUUGGAAAUUAAAUGACUGCUAUAUCCAGCAGGUUUUCCCCUAAAUUAUCCUCAUUAGUAUGCAUGCGCUGAGGAGAGGUGGCCUGAAAAUGCCUGCCUUUUAAUUACUUUUUCAAUAACGUGUUGAAAUGAGAGAGCGUUGGGUAUAGAACACUGCCACGUGGCACGGGCUCCCCUGGCGAUGCCCCUCUUGGUGAUAGCCAAUGGGGAUGCCCCGUGGGGCAGGAAGUCAUUAACGUUCCCCCUCGGCGAGGUCUUCCUCGGGCAUGUCCCUCUCCAAACUGUUACACUCACUGGUUCGCUGAAUAUCCAAUUUUCCCCUCUCAGUACAGGAAGACCCACCCGCUCCAUAUUAAAUAGUCUGCCUCCUCAAGCAGGGGCUUGUUGCUGAGUUAAUUGCAUCCUCUUUGCUCAUUUUCUGCUCUGGGUCGGGUAGCUAUGUGUGGAAUGUGUAUUGACAAAAGCAGGAUUGAAUGCCGAUAUCCCUCAGAUGGUGAAGUCUGCUGUUUGUGAUGGAAUAGAUUUGUGUGAGCUACACUUGUAAUCCUCUCACAGAUUGUAAAAAGGCUCUGAUCAACGUCAGACUUAUGGUUCGCUGACAUCCUAGACCACUUGGCUGGAAAGUCACAGCAAGUGUGAGUUCUCUCAUUGUCACUCAUAGCUCUUUGUUGUAGUAUGUGUGUGUGGUUGACCCUCCCUAUAAGAAUGUGUGAUUGAUGGUGGAGCUGUUGAAGUCAUCAGUAGCGGCCUGGCUGUGUUGGGAGAUGUGUUCUCCUGUGUGUGCCUGGUGAAGGGCUGGCAUGAAGGCUGAUGGAUGAGGGGGAUAUCUGUCAGUAUGUUGGGAUAGGCUGCAGAGCAGGACUGUGUGUUUUAUGAGGCUGGUGUGUGUGUGUCAGUGAGCUGGGCUAGGUAUGAGGGUGAUGUGGGAUUUACUCUUGCAGGGUGGUGUUCUGGAUGAUGGGAUGGUGUUCAUGGGUCAUGACACCAAAUCCACAUUUACAGUAACUGAUUAGUUGCAUAGUAGUUACCAUAUGCACGUGAUAUUGCAGUUGCGCAUACACUGUUAUACACUUAGGCCACUCACACACACAUCAGGGUCUCUCUCUCGCUCUCUCUCCUCCCCCCUUCCCCUGGCUGGUAGUCAGAUGUGGUUAACCAGGCAGUGGGGAUGACAGAGUAGCCUGUGACCUUCCCAGCAUGACGUGCGGCGGGUCGUUUAUCAGGGCACCAUUAAUCGUGUGCGUGCUGUCAGGCGGCCGGCCGCCGUUGGCCAAACCCUCGCCGGCCAGCGCAGCCUGACUGAUGAGCUCCGCCAUUGAUUAGUUGCCGUGGGAGACGGAUGGUGCCCACGUGGCAGGGUCACCAGAGAAGGGGGAGGGGCUGGCCCCCCACUUAUGAAUAAACAUGAUUCUCAUGAGCAUGUAAAUGAAUGUGCCCUCACAUGUAACCUUAUUCUGUUCAACUGGAAUGAGCUGUUUAUAAAUCAACUUGUGAUUGAGGCACAAGGCAAGCAUCAGGAACAAAGGGAGAGAGGGUUCCACAGUGCUCUGUUUAACACUGUUGCUAUUUUAGGCUCCAUUUUGAGUUUCUGACACCCUCAGUUAGGAUCUACGUAUCCUCUAUUUCUUUGAUAAUCCUAUCUCUUAUUCUGAUACUGCAAAACACUAAGCAGAACCACUGCUGUACUAUAUCCUAAUAAUUUCUCAAUUCCCCUCCAGUUAGGUAGCUCUUAGCCCCGCUAACCCCUGUUAACGAAUAGUGUUAAUGCUAUCCUCCCCACUUCGGGGGUGUGGGGCCCUGCCAGCCUGUCCUGUCCUCCACUGGGGCUGGGACUGGGUUGCUCUCUGUCAGACAAUGGAGCACUAAAUGCAAUUAAUCAGGAUCCCUGGGUAAGAGGGGAAGGCGUAAAUCUCUAAAUGAGAUAUAGCCCCUUCCCUUCCCCUCUGUCCCCGUGCAUCCCCCACCCCAACAGUCCUGCCUGGCGUGGCCCUAAUGCCAGGAGGUGAUUAAGGGGGGGAAUAAUUAGAGCUAGUGUGGCGUACCGUGCUGCUUCCCCAGGGAUGACUCACCAGGGAGGAGUAGGAGGAAAUGUUAUGUUUAUCCCACCCAUUCUGUCAUAGCGUGUGUGGUGGUGGGGGGGGGGGGGGGGGGAUCUUUCCGGUGGUGUUAACCUCAUCCACACACCUAUACAAUACAAGAUAUUGGGAUGUGUAUUCAUAUCAAAAUUUGUUAAUGACAGAUAAAUAAAUGUUCAUUUCACUAUGAUUAUUAAUUUGUAUUCAGAUCUAGAUUUUUAUGAGGCGUGUGUGGUGGUGUUGAUUGUUUUUGCUGAGAUGGAGAAUUCCCUGAAGAACAGAUGUCUCUUCUCAUCUGAUGCCAGACGGUUCCGUCACUUCCAUGCACUGGUACAUUGACUGAUGCUUUCUCUCUUCCUCUGCCCUCACAGGGAAGAAGACAAGAACAUAUUUGACUACUGCAGAGAGAACAACAUAGAACACAUUACCACGGCUAUCAGUUCCAAGGAAGUGGAUGUCAACGCAAAAGAUGAAGAGGUAAGUGUCACCCAUUCUUCAAAGACCCCGCUUGUUAAACAAUACAUUCAUUCCAGCUGUAAAACCAGCUAAUUUGCAAUAUGGUACAAUAUUCCUCCCGUAGCUCCAUUGUCUUUGGCCUCAAAUUGACUAUUAGUCCAUGGGAACUCUUCACAUUAAUAUAUCUCAGAUCUAUGGGAGAAGCUUAAGGCAUUAAGAUCAUUAGAUGUUUUUCACUUUGACCUCAAAUCUAUUCAUCUGCUCUUUAUUCAUUUAUCACAGAGGGUAAAUGGCUUAGUCCCUCUCAUCACAGCAAUUCUUCAAAUAAGGAACCAGUUGGUGUAUGAGUAGCCAGGCCAGAUUGUGGAGGUCUGUGUGUGGCUACUCCAGCGUUGGUUACCAGUGGACUGCAUGUCUCCGGACUGACCAGCCGAGGGCAGUAGUGAAGUUCAAUCCACAGCCCCUGAUGCAGUCUAUCCUUAGACUUUGCAUCAUUGUAUCUGUCCCAUUAUGGAGUCUGUGAGAGCACGGGCAGCGCCAUUGAGGCCAUCUCCAUUUUGAAGUAGUAUAUUUUCUUCUUCUACUGCUUCUAUGAGUUGAUAAACAAACUGAAAGGGUGCACACUGCCACCUGGAGUGUGUUGUUUGCACAGGUAUAAAGCCAAGGUUGGCUAUUUACUGUCACCUGCAGUUAUGGAAUGUUUCCUCACGAGUAUAAUUCAUUGGCUGAUCCCUCCUGAUGACCCUGAUGGCAUCAUGUGAUCCUUCCUUAACCCAUUGGAAGUCCCACCCAGUUGACUACUUCAAAAUAGCUGCCCAUGCUAAAAUGGGCUUUUAGGCACUAGAGUCCUCUAUCUAUCUCUAUGGGUCCAUCUCAGAUAGGCCCCCAGCUGAGAGCGAGAUGGGAAGGGAAGGUCUCUGGCAUCCAUUCAUAGAGAGACAGAGCCUGUGUUCGCCACUUGCAGUAGUGAAUAUCCCACUAAUUGGAAUGUGCCUACAAUUGAAUGUCCCACUAGUAAUCUAGAGACUGUAUAAAUGACUCUUGUUUCCACUGAUAACCAAAGCCUCCAGUAUUAGUGACUCAGUAGACUGUUCUUCAGCAGAAUGUACUGUUGUUUGAUGUUUUCAGCAGUUGAGGAUAUUGGCACUUUAAUUGGGGGUGAUAUGAGCUGGGUGGUGGCCUCUGACCCCUGGGGUGGUUGGUCCCCUGACUCCCCUUCAGAGGCCAAAGGCAUUAGCUGUAAUGUACAGUGCAGGCGUGGGGCGAAUGGGGAAAUAAUCCUAAUGAUGGGGAGAAUAGAUCAGGGUGUCCAGCCGCCCGCCUCAGUCUUUAUGACUCACUGAGGCUGCCUCAUUACUGUUGGGGGGACGAGAGUCUGGGGGCCACACUACAGGUAUACAUCAUCCACACACAUACACACACCAGCCAUGAGCAUGGGAUCAAUCACACAUGCUGUGAGUCAUGGCCCACACAGAAGUGUGACAAACGUCUGUUUAUGGGUGUGUGUGUGUUCACUGCACAGACACAAGAACCGACUGGUGUUUUACAGUACCCUAGCUGCUUCACACUAUUCUUAGUCAGUUGGGAGGUCUGUUUGGAGAGGUCUGUUAUGCUGCACACUGUGCUGAGACACUAUACCAUAUCUCUAUUAAACUACCCAGAGCUGAAGACAAAGGACUGAUUCUAGACAAUACUGUGACUAAUUUACUGGAGAAUACAGUCUAGUCAGAGUUCACUAAUCGAAUCCCCCUCAGCCCUCAUGAAGUUGUCUCCCUCACUCUGAAUAAUCAUGAGAUAUUUUGUGUUUUUGCCUAUUCCUGUUUUGUAGUUGUAUAGUGUACAAGUGGCUGUCCCAGUAGACGGGUGAAGUGUUCACACAGGUCCCAACAUGGCACUGAGAGAGACCACACAACCACCACUAACCACCAUGUACCCCAACAAUGGAGGGAUGGGUUUCAUGUUGUAAUACCGCCCAAGGAACUCCUCUUUUCCCUUUGUUUCUCUCUCUUUCUGGGACAAAGUCCCACCCCAUUCAAUUAGAGCCAAUUGAGUUGACAGGUCCCCUCCCACAGAGACUGAGGAGCAGGCAGCGGCUGAGGAGAGUGCCCUUUCAGCCCCUUUUAGACGCGUCUGUUGUGUGUUACCGUGGGUGCGAGUCAAAGCGCCUGUCAUUGGCUAAUCCCCUACAACACUCUGACAGGGAGGUAGCUUAACCUUCUAUUACAAAAAGUGGCGCCAGCGCUUCUUCCUGAUGGAUGAUUUCCAGUAGCGUUUCCUUCUUUUGUUGUUAUCUCAGACAAACAAGAGUGCUACAGUGAAGUUUUUAUGUUCCUUCUUACGAUAAAUGGUUAUUUCAAAGUAAUUUUUUUUCUCAUGAAAAUGCUCUUUAAUCCAACCAGACAUCCCAAUGGUGUACUUAUGAGUGUACUGUGCUGUCUUACUCUGCGAAGACCAAUCCUGUAGAGAGGUUAUGGUGAACUUCACUCUUUCCCAAAACAUACAGUACCAGUCAAAAGUUUGGACACACCUACUCAUUCCAUUUCUUAAUUUUUACAAUUUUCUACAUUGUAGAAUAAUAGUGAAGACAUCAAAACUAUUAAAUAACACAUUUGGAAUAAUCUAUUAACCAAAAAGGGUUAAACAAAUCAAAAUAUGUUAUAUUUGAGGUUCUUCAAAGUAGCCACCCUUUGCCUUGAUGACAGCUUUACACACUCUUGGCAUUCUCUCAACCAGCUUCAUUAGGUAGUCACCUGGAAUGCAUUUCAAUUAACAGGUGUGCCUUGUUAAAAGUUAAUUUGUGGAAUUUCUUUCCUCCUUAAUGCGUUUGAGCCAAUCAGUUGUGUUGUGACAAGGUAGGGGUGGUAAAUAGAAGAUAGCUCUUUUUGGUAAAAGACCAAGUCCAUAUUAUGGCAAGAACAGCUCAAAUAAGGAAUGAGAAACGACAGUCCAUCAUUACUUUAAGACAUGAAGGUCAGUCAAUACGGAACAUUUCAAGAACUUUAAAAGUUUCUUAAAGUGCAGUCGCAAAAACCAUCACGCGCUGUGAUGAAACUGGCUCUCAUGAGUUCUGCCACAGGAAAGGAAGACCCAGAUUUACCUCUGCUGCAGAGGAUAAGUUCAUUAGUUACCAGCCUCAGAAAUUGCAGCCCAAAUAAAUGCUUCACAGAGUUCAAGUAACAGACACAUCUCAACAUCAACUGUUCAGAGGAGACUACGUAAAUUAGGCCUUCAUGGUGGAAUUGCUGCAAAGAAACCACUAAUAAAGGACACCAAUAAGAAGAAGAGAUUUGCUUGGGCCAAGAAACACGAGCAAUGGACGUUCGACUGGUGGAAAUCUGUCCUUUUGUCUGAUGUGUCCAAAUUUGAGAGACGCGGUGUAGGUGAACAGAUGAUCUCCACGUGUGUGUGGUUCCCACCGUGAAGCAUGGAGGAGGAGGUGUGAUGGUGUGGGGGUGCUUUGCUGGUGUUACUGUCUGUGAUUUAUUUAGAAUUCAAGGCACACUUAACCAGCAUGGCUACCACAGCAUUCUGCAGCGAUACACCAUCCUAUCUGGUUUGGGCUUAGUGGGACUAUCAUUUGUUUUUCAACAGGACAAUGACCCAACACACUUCCAGGCUGUGUAAGGGCUAUUUGACCAAGAAGGAGAGUGAUGCAGUGCUGCAUCAGAUGACCUGGCCUCCACAAUCACCCGACCCCAACCCAAUUGAGAUGGUUUGGGAUGAGUUGGACUGCAGAGUGAAGGAAAAGCAGCCAACAAGUGCUCAGCAUAUGUGGGAACUCCUUCAAGACUGUUGGAUAAGCAUUCCAGGUGAAACUGGUUGAUAGAAUGCCAAGAGUGUGCAAAGGUGUCAUCAAGGCAAAGGGUGGCUACUUUGAAGAAUCUAAAAUCAAAAAUAUAUUUUGAUUUGUUUAACACUUUUUAGAUAAUACAUGAUUCCAUAUGUGUUAUUUCAUUAGUUUUGAUGUCUUCACUAUUAUUCUACAAUGUAGAAAAUAGUAAAAAUAAAGAAAAACCCUUGAAUGAGUAGGUGUGUCCAAACUUUUGACUGGUACUGUAGGUCUCUUGAGGGUAUAUACAGAACGUUCCAAAGUGGAAUUAUUGUAUUAGAAGAAAAGGAAAGAUGAAAAUGUGACAAACAAUCAAAGGGGCACGUCAAAAACAGAGAGAAAGCACAGUGGUAUUUAGGCUCCGGCCUCUCUCAUAAAUAUAAAUGUUAACAUACAGCCGUUGUGAUCAAUAUAAUUUGAGCAAUAGAAUAGGACUUAGGGAGUUUGCUUGAAAAAUGAGCUCCCUGUGGCGGUUGUAUUAGAAUGAGGGGUUUGGAGCUAAGGAGAGGAGGGGAGACAGGCUGUGAGGGCUGAUCAAGGUUUUUUCCACAGCAUCUCAUCAAUCACCUCUAAGGACUCUGCCGGCCCUCCGCAAUUUGUCCCUGAGCUCCUGGACAAGCCCUGACCCCCCUCCACCUCCCCUACCCCUUACACACACACAGACCCCUCCUGCUGGCAAGGAGGCAGAGCAGAGCUCAUCCUGUCACCACCUCAUUUUAUAGUUGGGAUCUGAAGGCUCUGAGUUAUAAAUUGUGCUGCAUAAUUAAUUUUUUCUUAAGGGGAGAAAUCUAUUGUGAGGUUAACUUUGUGUAGCCGGUGCAUAACAGAAUGGAAUAGAUGGUUCUAUUAGAGGUGAGGAAGGGUUGCGCCCUCCUUCCAUGUUACUGAACGCUCCAGCAGGUCCCCACACUGCAUUUACAUUUCUGUGUGUGGUCAGAUGGCCCACACACACUGUCACUAUCCAUAACAGCUGUUGUCCACUCACUAGACUAGGCAACCUUACUAAAGUACCUGAUUUUUUUUUAGCUGCGUAAGAAGUAUUGUAGUACAUGAGAUCUGAUUUACAAUGGAUAGUGUUCAGGUGUGGAAACAAGCACUGACAUUUACUUUGAGGGUUUUACCUAAGAGAAAAAAGAUUCACAUAUUUGAUUCGGUAUCUUGACUCCAACUCAUUAGCUGCUACUGCAAUGAUGGUAAACAAUACCUGUUGCACCUUGAAGUAUCUGAUUAUGUACAGUAGAAUCUGUUUGUGCAGGAAUAAAGAGGCACACCUUUAUGUGUUUCAGGGCAGAAAUUUGCUCCACUGGGCCUGUGACAGAGGACACAAAUACCUGGUGUCUGUGUUACUGCAAAACAGCGCUGACAUCAACAGCCAGGUGAGUCACACACAUACACACCAGGGCUUGACAUUACCUUUCUUAGCCACUUUCCCUUCGGACAAGUAGGACUGAUUUUUUUUCUUAUCCAAAAGCUCAAGUCAGUUGUCCCCCCCCCCCACACACACACAAAAAUGUCUCUAACACCAUUUUUACAUAAUUGUAUGAUGCAAGGAACCACUUUACAAAAUAAAAUGCAUUACUAUCUUCUUUACCAUAGAGAAUCAGCAGAAAUGUAGGCUACACUCUGCGUAUUGGCUUCUUUGCAUAUUCAAACCUGUCUCAAAAUACAACACUGCCCCUUUAAGGCUGUCCUGGAGGAUGGUUGACCACCCUUGGUGCAACAUUACAAUUACAACCAAAUAAUUACAUGCCCGAGCGGUUUUAUGUGACAAAGAUGAAAAUAUCUGGUCAAAAUUUAGAAAGAGGGGAGAUCUAAAUAUGCAUAAAUUAGCAUGGGUUAAUAAUGACUAGGAUUAUGCCUUUGGCUGCUGGACAAUAAAAUAAAGUUGAUUUGAAAACCAAUAGAACAUGAGAAAAAUGCUGGUUUCAAUGGCAUUAAGUGUUUAUAAAAUAAUUCCCUCAACAUUUCUGUGGUUGUAUUUUGGCAAGGCUACUUUGAAACAAGGUAAGACAUGCUUCAUAAAAUGACAUAAAAUGUCCAGGUUUUAAACAAUUAAGUUUAUGGUUAAAUAGUUGCUGACCACCUCUGCUCAGAUUCAAGGUGGGUGAUAUGCAAGGCACUGUCCUUCACUCUCUGGUCUUGUGACCAUUUGAUCUGAACGUGCCUCUCGAGUAUGUUGACAGAAUCAAGCCUUUAGACGUUAAUGUUAAUUAUCUUUCAUUAUAUUUGUCAAACAUGACUGCCUUUUAGCCUAUAUUUAUGUAGCUAAUAAAAAGUUUCAAAAAGUUUGGCUACAUUUUCUGGCACCUCCCUCAUGUCAGCAUCGGUUUGGAGAUGAGGCUGAAGCCAAUAUGCAUAUACAUAUCACUUACACUUUGACAUUUUUUAUUGAUGUAAAUGAAAAAUAGAUUUGAAUAUAUUUCCAAUGUUGGCCUCUCUGAUCCAAUUCUGAUCAGAGUAUUUGUAUGAUAUUGUGAAUAGUGUUGUUGUUUUUUGUUGUAUUAUUAUUUUUAUUUUUUUACUUUUCCAUUCAGACAACUUAAAUCUAUAUUCUUCUUGUCCGACUAUUUUUUUAACUUGUCCCGGACAAGAGGACAAGCGUUAAUGUCGUGCCCUGCACACACACACACACACACACACACCAAAAAACUGGGGUUAGUGGUCAAGUGGCACUCGACGCAGAUGUCACAGGGUCAGAUAUUUUAGGGGAUUUAAAGAUUUCUGUGAGAUUCACAAUUGUGUUAAAAGGGGCAUAACACAGAACUGGGAUAUGUUCCGGGUAGCUUGUGAAAAUAAUUUAGACGAAUACACUGAAACGGUGACUGAGUUUAUCAGGAAGUGUAUAGGAGAUGUUGUGCCCACUGUGACUAUUUAAAAUCUACCCUAACCAGAAACCGUGGAUAGAUGGCAGCAUUCACGCAAAAUUGAAAGCGCGAACCACCGCAUUUAACCACGGCAAGGUGACUGGGAAUAUGGCAGAAUACAAACAGUGUAGCUACUCACUCCGCAAGGCAACUAAACUGGUAAAACAUCAGUAUAGAGACAAAGUGGAGUCUCAAUUCAACGGCUCAGGCACGAGACGUAUGUGGCAGGGUCUACAGACAAUCACGGACUACAAAAGGAAAACCAGCCACGUCACCGACACCGACGUCUCGCUUCCGGACAAGCUAAACACCUUCUUCGCCCGCUUUGAGGAUAACACAGUGCCACCGACGCGGCCCACUACAAGGACUGUGGGCUCUCCUUCUCGGUGGCCGACGCGAGUAAGACAUUUAAGCAUGUUAACCCCCGCAAGGCUGCCAGCCCAGACGGCAUCCCUAGCCGUGUCCUCAGAGCAUGCGCAGACCAGCUGGCUGGUGUGUUUACGGACAUAUUCAAUCUCUCCCUAUCCCAGUCUGCUGUCCCCACAUGCUUCAAGAUGGCCACCAUUGUUUAUGUACCCAAGAAAGCAAAGGUAACUGAACUAAAUGACUGUCGCCCCGUAGCACUCACCUCUGUCAUCAUGAAGUGCUUUGAGAGACUAGUCAAGGAUCAUAUCACCUCUCCUACCUGUCACCCUAGACCCACUUCAAUUUGCUUACCGCCCCAAUAGAUCCACAGACGAUGCAAUUGCCAUCACACUGCUCACUGUGCUAUCCCAUCUGGACAAGAGGAAUACCUAUGUAAGAAUGCUGUUGAUUGACUAUAGAUCAGCAUUCAACACCAUAGUACCCUCCAAGCUCAUCAUUAAGCUUGAGGCCCUGGGUCUGAACCCUGCACUGUGCAACUGGGUCCUGGACUUCCUGACGGGCCACCCCCAGGUGGUGAAGGUAGGAAACAACAUCUUCACUUCGCUGAUCCUCAACACUGGGGCCCCACAAGGGUGCGUGCUCAGCCCCCUCCUGUACUCCCUGUUCACCCAUGACUGCGUGGCCAAGCACGCCUCCAACACAAUCAUCAAGUUUGCAGACGACACAACAGUAGAAGGCUUGAUUAUCAACAAUGACGAGACAGCCUACAGGGAGGAGGUGAGGGCUCUGGGAGUGUGGUGCCAGGAAAAUAACCUCUCACUCAAUGUCAACAAAAUAAAGGAGAUGAUCGUGGACUUAAGGAAACAGCAGAGGGUGCCUCCCCCUAUCCACAUCGACGGGACCGCAGUGGAGAAGGUGGAAAGCUUCAAGUUCCUUGGCGUACACAUCACUGACAAACUGAAAUGGUCCACCCACGCAGACAGUGUGGUGAAGAAGGUGCAACAGAGCCUCUUCAACCUCAGGAGGCUGAAGAAAUUUGGCUUGGCACCUAAAACCCUCACAAACUUUUACAGAUGCACAAUUGAGAGCAUCCUGUUGGGCUGUAUCACCGCCUGGGACGGCAACUGCACCGCCCGCAACCGCAUGGCUCUCCAGAGGGUGGUGCGAUCUGCCGAACGCAUUACCGGGGGCAAACUAACCGCCCUUGAGGACACCAAGAGCACCCGAUGUCACAGGAAGGCCAAAAAGAUCAUCAAGGACAUCAACCACCCCAGCCUGUUCACCCCGCUAUCAUCCAGAAGGCGAGGUCAGUACAAGUGCAUCAAAGCUGGGACCGAGAGAAUGAAAACAGCUUCUAUCUCAAGGCCAUCAUACUGUUAAAUAGCCAUCACUAGCACAUUGGAGGCUGCUGCUGCCUAUUGAAAUCACUGGCCGCUUUAAGAAAUGGAUAAUGUUUACAUAUCUUGCAUUACUCAUCCUAUAUGUAUAUACUGUAUUCUAUAAUAUAAUAAGAGGUAGUCACCUGGAAUGGAUUUCAAUUAACAGGUGUGCCUUCUUAAAAGUUAAUAUGUGGAAUUUAUUUCCUUCUUAAUGUAUUUGAGCCAAUCAGUUAUGUUGUGACGGGGGGGAUAGCCCUAUUUGGUAAAAUACCAAGUCCAUAUUAAGGCAAGAACAGCUCAAAUAAGCAACGAGAAACAACAGUUCAUCAUUACUUUAAGACAUAAUGGUCAGUCAAUACGGAAAAUGUCAAGAACUUUGAAAGUUUCUUCAAGUUCAGUCGCAAAAACCAUCAAGUGCUAUGAUGAAACUGGCUCUCACGAGGACAACCACAGGAAUGGAAGACCCAGAGUUACCUCUGCUGCAGAGGAUAAGUUCAUUAGAGUUACCAGCCUCAGAAAUUGCAGCCUAAAUAAAUGCUUCACAGAGUUCAAGUCACAGACACAUCUCAACAUCAACUGUUCAGAGGGGACUGUGUGAAUCAGGCCUUCAUGGUCGAAUUGCUGCAAAGAAACCACGACUAAAGGACACCAAAACAAAGAAGAGACCUGCUUGGGCCAAGAAACACGAGCAAUGGACAUUAUACCGGUAGAAAUGUGUCCUUUUGGUCUGGAGUACAAAUUUGAUAUUUUUGGUUCCAACCGCCGUGUCUUUGUGAGAUGUGGUGUGGGUGAACGGAUGAUCUCUGCAUGUGGUGUUCCCACCGUAAAGCAUGGAGGAGGAGGUGUUAUGGUGUGGGGGUGCUUUGCUGGUGACACUGUCUGUGAUUUAUUUAGAAUUCAAGGCACACGUAACCAGCAUGGCUACCACAAAGGGUGGCUAUUUGAAGAAUCUCAAAUAUAACAUAUAUUUUGAUUUGUUUAACACUUUUGGUUACUACAUGAUUCCAUAUGUGUUAUUUUAUAGUUUUGAUGUCUUCACUAUUAUUCUACAACGCAGAAAAUAGUAAAAAAUAAAGAGAAACCCUUGAAUGAGUAGGUGUUCUAAAAUAAUUGACCGGUAGUGUAUUCUUAAUUCCAUUCCUUACUUAGAUUUGUGUGUAUUGGGUAUAUGUUGUGAAAUUGUUAGCUAUUACUUGUUAGAUAUUACUGCACUGUCGGAGCUAGAAGCACAAGCAUUUCACUACACCCGCAAUAACAUCUGCUAAACACGUGUAUGUGACAAAUAAAUAUGAUUUGAUUUGAUUUGAGCUCUCUGUCACUCACUAGUCUUCGACAGCCAAGCAUACCUCCUAAACACACCUACAGUCUACUUCACUAACACACCACAUAGUCAAUCCUUUGUAUCCCUGGAGGCUCAGUUCCUGUGGCUGAUGAGGGGGUAGCCAUUUGAUUAGCUGUUCAGGAGUCUUAUGGCUUGGGGGUAGAAGCUGUUGAGAAGCCCUUUGGACCUAGACUUGGCGCUCCGGUACCGCUUGCCAUGCGGUAGCAGAGAGAACAGUCUAUGACUAGGAUGGCUGGAGUUUUGACAUUUUUAGGGCCUUCCUCUGUCAUCGCCUGGUAUAGAGGUCCUGGAUGGCAGGAAGCUUGGCCCCAGUGAUGUACUGGGCAGUAUGCACUACCCUCUGUAGUGCCUUGCGGUCGGAGGCAGAGCAGUUGCCAUACCAGGCAGUGAUGCAACCUGUCAGGAUGCUCUCGAUGGUGCAGCUGUAAAACUUUUUGAGAAUCUGAUGACCCAUGCCACAUUUUUUCAGUCUCCUGAGUGUAAAUAGGCUUUGUCGUGCCCUCUUCACGACUGUCUUGGUGUGUUUGGACCCAUUUUCAAUGCCCUGGCUGAGGGAAGGAGGUUCUCACCCAAGAUUUGGCUGUACAUGGCCCCGUCCAUCGUCCUUUUGAUGCGGUGAAGUUGUCCUGUCCCCUUAGCAGAAAAACACCCCCAGAGCAUAAUGUUUACACCUCCAUGUUUGACGGUGGGGAUGGUGUUCUUGGGGUCAUAGGCAGCAUUCCUCCUCCUCCAAACAUGGCGAGUUGAGUUGAUGCCAAAGAGCUCGAUUUUGGUCUCAUCUGACCACAACACUUUCACCCAGUUCUCCUCUGAAUCAUUCAGAUGUUCAUUGGCAAACUUCAGACGGGCCUGUAUAUGUGCUUUCUUGAGCAGGGGGACUUUGCGGGCGCUGCAGGAUUUCAGUCCUUCACGGCGUAGUGUGUUACCAAUUGUUUUCUUGGUGACUAUGGUCCCAGCUGCCUUGAGAUCAUUGACAAGAUCCUCCCGUGUAGUUCUGGGCUGAUUCCUCACCGUUCUCAUGAUCAUUGCAACUCCACGAAGUGAGAUCUUGCAUGGAGCCCCAAUGCCGAGGGAGAUUGACAGUUAUUUUGUUUUUUUUGUUCUUCCAUUUGUGAAUAAUCGCACCAACUGUUGUCACCUUCUCACCAAGCUGCUUGUCGAUGGUCUUGUAGCCCAUUCCAGCCUUGUGUAGGUCUACAAUCUUGUCCCUGACAUCCUUGGAGAGCUCUUUGGUCUUGGCCAUGGUGGAGAGUUUGGAAUCUGAUUGAUUGAUUGCUUCUGUGGACAGGUGUCUUUUAUACAGGUAACAAGCUGAGAUUAGGAGCACUCCCUUUAAGUUAUUUUUUUCAUUUCACUUCACCAAUUUGGACUAUUGUGUGUAUGUCCAUUACAUGAAAUCCUAAUAAAAAUCUAUUUAAAUUACAGGUUGUAAUGAACAAAAUAGGAAAAACGCCAAGGGGGAUGAAUACUUUUGCAAGGCACUGUAUGGGACACUGCUUAAUCAGUUUACAAAGGAAUUUUAAUUUCAUGACUACUUGAAUUCCUGUAGAAUCUGGAGAAUUCCAAUCACAGCUGUUGUGUGUUAUUGAGUCAGUGUCUCCACCAUCAGACUGUGACCAAUCCUUUGUCCAGACUAGAGCACCAGUUUCACCAGCAGCCCCCCCUGGCUGUGACCUACCCAAACCCCCACCACCCUGAGGUCAUGACCCUGCCCCGGGCUCCUCACACUUCCCAGUCCCUGCCUCCCUCCCUCUGUCUCCUUUCCCUCCCCAUGGACACUGUGUGUGUCCAGAGUCCAGACCCAAUAAUCCACAAUUACACCCACUGCUAA